ACGGUAACAUGUUGUCAUGUAUCGGUGGAUGUUUGGCCAUGAGCAAAAAUAAUUUGUUCAGAUAGCGUUGCAGGAUUAGCGGUAUUCGUAAAAGUUGUCUCUCCUGAAAUAUAGGAGUAAAAAAGAGAGGGGAGGUUUAAUAUGUCUUAGGAUAGGACUGAUUUACAAUGCAGCCAACUCGCCAAGUCUAUUCUCGCUCGUCCCGUCUUGCCUUAAUAGACCCGAAUAAGUAUCUGCACACCUGGUUACUGUUAUGGGCCCUAUUUAAUGCAUGUAAAUGUCUUGAUGCAGUUGUGAUGCGGUUUGAAAGUAUCUAGAACUAGGUUUUCAAGAUGUGUUAUUGCGCCACUUCCACGAAAUUAGGCAGGAUGGAAAUGUUCGAUGUGACAAUGUUGUACAAUUGCCAAUGUACAAUUUGUAUGAUGCCCCUCGGUGAUCGACAUCCGAUACUCGUCCUUUUCUUAAUUCAAUCAGACUUGAUUAUCACAGAGUUCGGGAAGGCGAUCACUAGACUCUCACAAAAUACGGGAAGUCCAGAAUAGUUGUUGCCGACAACCAGUUUUGAAUGAUGUGGAUGCGUCGUUACAGGUUCCGGGGCAGCUUUCAGGUUUAAGUCAGGCAUAUACGGUUUGAAAUAAUACGUUUUAGGCUCUUAACGCUUUUGAUGGAUUGCUCAGCCCAGAAUUAGCAAAGUACAAAAUUAUUAUAGCGCCAGACCACAGCAUUUCAGGUGCAUGGAGCAACUGGCGGGUGGAUCCUCGCCAGAGCGGUUGGUGCUGUCAUGCUCGGCUUUGAGACUUUUAAAUGUACAAAUGUGACAUCCUCUCGUAAUCGAUGCGUACUGGAUGGCCAGAAUGCUGUUGACGUAUUGUUGCGGACCGUUUAGACACCAUUACGCUUGCUGCCCGCAGCAGUGAUUGAGUCAUGACGUUCCCUAAAGAUGCAGAGUAGGCAGUUUACGGGAUUAACAUACGAGAUUGCCGCACCUGAUCAGUCAUCUUCACGCAUUCUAGGCAGUGUUUGGAUAGAAAGUUGGAACAGUCAGAUAUUAUCCAGGCGGGACAUGAAGCAAUCCAAAGUCAUCAGGCGUGAAGUUGGUGCACAUGGGAAUUUCGCGUUAAGCGCGUACCGGUUGGGCUCACCCCUUGAGUCCUGUAUUACAACGUAUACCGCGAAAUGCGAAAGUUGAUUCGGCUAAAUGUGACCUUGGAAAUGGCGCGACCCGGAUCUGAUAUUGACUGAUAGUCACGUGAUUAAACUUAAAAUGCCACGUUCGAAAUGAACUCUGAUGUAAGUUGUGCGGAGCAAUCUGCGCAUCAUGUUUCGACAGAUUAUUUGAGUAAAGCUAAAUCAUUUACUACGUCGCUCGCUAGUACAAUUCCAUUGAGAGCAAUUUUAUUACAAACAAAUGUGUCUGACAAUUUCAAAGACACAUCAUUUUGCACCGGUAGACCCGGGCUAGUUGCAGCAUCUUCAUCAAUUUUAUUGAAUUGAAGAGUACACUGUGAUCCAUGAUAACAGAACUUCAAUAUCAGCGCUAAAGUAACACAAGAAUCUGGUCAUCGACCUUGUCUCCAAAGUCUAGACGAGAUAUAGUGAAUACAUU